AUGUCAGCAGAUUGGAGGAACCGCUCUGCAAGAGUGCAGAUUUCAGAGUCUGAUUUGCCGUCUUCAGUGCCUCCUCAGACCGGUUUAGCCUUCAAUAUAUGGUAUAACAAAUGGUCACAAGGACAAAGUGGUAUAUCUAGGUUUGUAAGUCCUUAUAUGCUGGAUCCUGAGACGGAUGCCGGAAGAACAAAGGGUGAUAAAGAGGGUAGGAUACAUUUCUGUUUGUACUUCGCUAAGGGUAUGUGCUGUCUAGGCAAGAAGUGUACAUAUUUGCAUCAUAUUCCAGAACUUGAUGAUUUUGCUAGGUUAUCGUUACAUUCGUCUGCGUUGGAUUGUUUUGGUCGCGAGAAGUUUGCAGAUUAUAGAGAUGACAUGGGUGGAGUUGGCUCUUUUAAGAAACCAAAUAGAGUUUUGUAUGUAGGUGGCAUAACCGGUGCCAUCAAUAAUAAAAGCUUAAGGCCCAACCAAAUCGAAAAUCGUAUCAAAUUUAAGUUUUCUAAGCUUGGAGAACUUGAAUCUGUACGAUAUGUUGAAAGUAAGAACUGUGCUUUUGUAAAGUUUAAGCUUCAGUGCAAUGCAGAAUUUGCCAAAGAAUCUAUGAGUAACCAAACCCUAUUAAUUCCGACUGAUAAAGAGUGGGAUCAGAGAAAGGAUGGUACCGGUCUCUUGGUAAAAUGGGCUAACGAGGAUCCCAAUCCAGCGGUACGAAAAAAGGAAUUGGAAGAACAAACCCAAGAAACGUUAGAGGCCAUUAAGCAUUUAUUAGCCCAGAAUAAUAAUGAAAACAGUAAUAAGAGGACUAUAGAAGAAGUAGAUGAUCAUACAAUUCCCGACGAAAACUCUAUACAUGGUGCCAAAACCAAGAAUAUUAUUGAUAGGUCACUUUUGAGAGAAUUAAGAAAGCGGAAAGUGGUAAUUACUAAAGGUAAAGAACAUUUUAAUGGGAAGCAUCGAAAUACAGUGCCGUCAGCCCUGUUAAUAUCACAAUAUUCCUCGGAUGAUGAUGAGGGUGAUGAUAGAGCAUCUUAG